GCCUCAUUCUGAAGCAGCCGACCGCCUCCGAGGCGCCAAGAAAAAGAGCUCAACUUAUAUUAUCUUAUUUCCAGCAACUUUCAUUGUUAGAGAGAGGAGAGAGAGAGAGAAGCCUCGUUGGUUGACGUCACUUGGUUCAUGAAGCCUUCGCCUAGAAGUGAAGCUGCUGAACAAACCUUGAGAAGAAUCAUCUCCUGCUUCAAUCUGCUGCUGGAUAGGAACUAAUCAGAGAGAGAGAGGCGGAAGACGGAGAAGGAGGGCGUCCAGGGCUUUCCCGAUCACAAAUCUCACCUCCACUCCAACUCUCUUUAUACUUUUCUUGCAAAAAUAAUACUAGAAAUAAGGAGGUGGUGGGGUUUCCAAAAACAAAAAUCGUAACCUUCAACCAUCUGGGGAAGGCAAAAAUCCCAUCCACCGCAACUCUCAGUUCGAAAGUAAAGAUUUCUCAACAGUGAUGUCACAAGAUUGACCACAUUGAUCACAAUAUGGAGUCUGGAGAACGGUUACCAUCCUCAACAGCCUCCUCUGCUACACCGACUUCAUCUUCUAUACCUUCUGUGGCUUCAUCAGUUUCAAAAGGCGGCCUUUCCACUGGAGCUGCUUCACUUAGCUCUACAAUCAACCCAUGUGGACAUUUAUUCAGAGCAGCUGGGGAUCACCUGUUUAACCUGUCCACAGUGUCGAGUGCCUUCCCAGUGGUCAGCCACCCAGUCUUUGGUCUGCAUUCAGCCAGCUCAGGGCAUUCAGAAUUUGGUGGUUUGGGGACACUUGGUACACCCACAGCCUUAGCUGCACAUCCCCAACUAGCGUCUUUUCCAGGUGCAGAAUGGUGGCGAACAACAGAUGUUCAUACGCGUGCAGGGGCAACCUUCCUUCCACCAUUACUGGGAAUUCCACCACUGUUUGCUCCUCCAGCCCAGAAUCAUGAUUCUUCUUCAUUCCAUUCAAGGGCUUUGGGAAAAAGUCAUCGAAAUGGUCCUGAAAAAGGUGUAAAUGGGUCAAUAAAUGGAAACAAUACAUCGUCUGUAUCUGGUAUCAACACAUCUGUACUAUCCACUACUGCUUCAAGUUCUGUGGGACAAACUAAAAGUAUAAGCUCAGGUGGAGGAAAUCGAAAAUGUAGUCAGGAACAAAACAAAACCCAGCCUUUGGAUGCUAGAGCUGACAAAAUCAAAGAUAAGAAACCAAGGAAGAAAGCUAUGGAAAGUUCUAGCAACAGUGAUAGUGAUUCAGGCACAUCAUCAGACACAUCAAGUGAAGGCAUUAGUAGUAGUGAUUCAGAUGAUCUAGAGGAAGAUGAAGAAGAAGAAGAUCAAAGUAUUGAAGAAAGUGAAGAUGAUGAUUCUGAUUCAGAGAGUGAAGCACAACAUAAAAGUAAUAACCAGGUGCUAUUACAUGGUGUUUCAGACCCAAAAGCAGAAGGACAGAAAGCAACUGAAAAAGCCCAGGAAAAAAGAAUACACCAGCCAUUACCUCUUGUGUCUGAAUCCCAGACUCACUCAUCAUUCCAAUCCCAGCAGAAGCAGCCUCAGGUUUUGUCACAGCAGCUUCCAUUUAUUUUCCAAAGCUCUCAGGCAAAGGAGGAAUCUGUGAACAAACACACAAGUGUAAUACAGUCUACGGGAUUGGUGUCCAAUGUGAAACCUUUAUCUUUGGUAAAUCAAGCCAAAAAGGAAAUUUACAUGAAACUCAUAGUUCCUUCUCCUGAUGUACUUAAAGCAGGGAAUAAAAAUACCUCUGAAGAAUCUAGUCCUUUGACCAGUGAAUUGCGUUCCAAACGGGAACAAUAUAAACAGACAUUCCCAGCUCAAUUAAAGAAACAGGAGUCAUCUAAGAGCCUGAAGAAGGUUAUUGCAGCUUUGUCAAACCCAAAAGCAACCUCUAGUUCACCAGCACAUCCAAAACAAACAUUAGAAAACAACCACCCUAAUCCUUUCUUGACAAAUGCACUUUUAGGUAAUCAUCAACCAAAUGGAGUUAUUCAAAGUGUCAUUCAAGAAGCUCCUCUGGCACUUACUACCAAAACUAAAAUGCAGAGUAAGAUUAAUGAAAACAUUGCUACUUCAAGUAGCACCCCUUUUUCCUCACCUGUAAAUCUGAGUACAAGUGGGAGAAGAACCCCUGGCAAUCAGACAACUGUCAUGCCCUCUGCCUCUCCCAUACUGCAUAGUCAAGGGAAGGAAAAAGCAGUUAGCAAUAAUGUGAACACAGUAAAAACACAGCAUCACUCUCAUCCUGCAAAAUCUUUAGUGGAACAGUUCAGAGGAACAGAUUCAGACAUUCCUAGUAGCAAAGAUUCUGAAGAUUCAAAUGAGGACGAAGAGGAAGAUGAUGAGGAAGAAGAUGAGGAAGAUGAUGAAGAUGAUGAAUCUGAUGACAGCCAAUCAGAAUCAGAUAGUAAUUCAGAAUCAGAUACAGAAGGAUCAGAAGAGGAUGAUGAUGAUGAUAAAGACCAAGAUGAAUCAGAUAGUGAUACUGAAGGAGAGAAAACUUCAAUGAAACUGAAUAAAACAACUUCCUCUGUCAAAAGCCCUUCCAUCAGUCUCACAGCUCACUCAACACCUCGUAACCUCCACAUAGCAAAAGCCCCAGGCUCUGCUCCUGCUGCCUUAUGUUCUGAAUCCCAGUCACCUGCUUUCCUUGGCACACCUUCUUCCACACUUACUUCAAGUCCACACUCUGGCACUUCCAAAAGAAGAAGAGUAACAGAUGAACGUGAACUGCGUAUUCCUUUGGAAUAUGGCUGGCAGAGAGAGACAAGAAUAAGAAACUUUGGAGGGCGCCUUCAAGGAGAAGUAGCAUAUUAUGCUCCAUGUGGAAAGAAACUUAGGCAGUACCCUGAAGUAAUAAAGUAUCUCAGCAGAAAUGGAAUAAUGGAUAUCUCAAGGGACAAUUUCAGCUUCAGUGCAAAAAUAAGAGUGGGUGACUUCUAUGAAGCCAGAGAUGGACCGCAGGGAAUGCAGUGGUGUCUUUUGAAAGAAGAGGAUGUCAUUCCCCGUAUCAGGGCAAUGGAAUGUCGUAGAGGAAGACCACCAAAUCCAGAUAGACAGAGAGCAAGAGAGGAAUCCAGGAUGAGACGUCGGAAGGGUCGACCUCCAAAUGUUGGCAGUGCUGAAUUUCUAGAUAACACAGAUGCCAAGUUACUAAGAAAACUGCAAGCUCAAGAAAUAGCCAGGCAAGCAGCACAAAUAAAGCUUUUGAGAAAACUGCAAAAGCAGGAACAGGCUCGGGUUGCCAAAGAAGCUAAAAAACAACGAGCAAUAAUGGCUGCUGAGGAGAAGCGAAAGCAAAAAGAACAGAUAAAGAUUAUGAAACAACAGGAAAAAAUUAAGAGAAUACAACAAAUCAGAAUGGAAAAAGAGCUUCGAGCCCAGCAAAUUCUAGAGGCAAAAAAGAAAAAGAAGGAAGAAGCAGCAAAUGCCAAAUUAUUGGAGGCCGAGAAACGAAUAAAGGAAAAAGAAAUGAGAAGACAACAAGCUGUUCUUCUAAAGCAUCAGGAGUUGGAGAGGCAUAGACUAGAUAUGGAACGAGAGAGAAGGCGACAACAUAUGAUGCUUAUGAAAGCUAUGGAAGCACGUAAAAAAGCAGAAGAAAAAGAACGGUUAAAGCAAGAAAAACGUGAUGAGAAAAGAUUAAAUAAAGAACGUAAACUAGAGCAACGAAGAUUAGAAUUAGAAAUGGCAAAGGAACUAAAGAAGCCUAAUGAAGACAUGUGCUUAGCAGACCAAAAGCCUUUGCCAGAGUUGCCUCGUAUUCCAGGACUUGUUCUCUCUGGAAGUACAUUUUCAGACUGUCUCAUGGUGGUGCAGUUCUUACGAAACUUUGGUAAAGUUUUGGGCUUCGAUGUGAAUGUUGAUGUUCCAAACCUGAGUGUUCUUCAAGAGGGAUUGCUAAAUAUAGGGGACAGCAUGGGUGAAGUACAAGACUUGCUUGUGAGGCUCCUCUCAGCUGCUGUAUGUGAUCCAGGUCUAAUUACAGGAUACAAGGCCAAAACAGCUCUUGGAGAGCAUUUGCUGAAUGUUGGUGUGAAUCGAGACAAUGUUUCCGAGAUUUUGCAGAUUUUUAUGGAAGCACACUGUGGACAAACUGAGCUUACUGAAAGCCUGAAGACCAAAGCUUUUCAGGCUCACACUCCAGCACAGAAAGCCUCAGUUCUGGCUUUCCUGAUCAAUGAACUGGCGUGCAGCAAGAGUGUGGUGAGUGAAAUCGACAAGAACAUUGAUUACAUGUCAAAUUUGAGGAGAGAUAAAUGGGUGGUAGAAGGUAAACUCCGCAAGCUCAGAAUCAUUCAUGCUAAGAAAACAGGCAAAAGAGACACUUCAGGUGGCAUUGAUCUUGGAGAAGAACAGCAUCCAUUGGGCACACCCACUCCAGGACGCAAACGAAGAAGGAAGGGAGGAGAUAGUGAUUAUGAUGAUGAUGACGAUGAUGAUAGUGAUGACCAAGCUGAUGAAGAUGAUGAGGAUGAAGAAGAUAAAGAAGACAAAAAAGGAAAGAAGACUGAGAUCUGUGAAGAUGAGGAUGAAGGUGACCAAGCAGCAAGUGUUGAAGAGCUAGAAAAACAUAUUGAAAAACUGAGUAAACAACAGAGUCAGUACAGAAGGAAGCUCUUUGACGCUUCUCACUCUUUACGUUCGAUGAUGUUUGGCCAGGAUCGUUACAGACGCCGGUACUGGAUUCUUCCCCAAUGUGGGGGGAUUUUUGUAGAAGGCAUGGAGAGUGGUGAAGGACUAGAAGAAAUUGCAAAAGAAAGAGAAAAACUAAAAAAGGCAGAAAGUAUCCAGAUCAAAGAAGAAAUAUUUGAGACUUCUGAGGACACUUUAAAUUGUUCAAAUCCAGAUCAUUGUGAGCAAAAGGAAGAUACUAAAGAAAAAGAUAACACAAAUCUGUUUCUUCAGAAACCUGGUUCAUUUUCAAAAUUAAGCAAGCUUUUAGAAGUAGCUAAGAUGCCUCCUGAGUCAGAUGUAAUAACCCCCAAACCAAACAGUAGUGCAAAUGGGUGCACAUUGUCUUAUCAAAACAGUGGAAAACAUUCAUUGGGCAGCAUUCAAUCAACAGCAACACAAAGCAGCGUGGAAAAGACAGACUCUAAUAAUCUGUUCAAUACCAGUUCAGGUGGUGCAGGGAAGUUCUAUAGUCCUCUCCCCAAUGACCAGUUGUUAAAAACACUGACUGAAAAGAAUAGACAGUGGUUUAGCCUUUUGCCAAGGACACCUUGUGAUGACGCAUCACUUACCCAUGCAGGUAUGUCAACUGCUUCUUUAGUGACCCCUCAGUCUCAGCCACCAUCUAAGUCACCUUCGCCUGCCCCAGCUCCUCUUCUUGGAUCAUCUUCUGCUCAGAAUCCUGUUGGCCUAAAUCCAUUUGCUUUAUCACCUCUUCAGAUGAAAAGUGGAGUAUCUAUGAUGGGACUCCAGUUUUGUGGGUGGCCCACUGGCGUGCUUACUUCCAGUAAUCCAUUUACAUCACCUUUACCUAGUCUGGGAUCAGGGUUAGGAUUAUCAGAAGGAAAUAGUAAUUCAUUCUUGACUCCUAAUGUUGCUUCAAGUAAAAGUGAAUCUCCAGUACCACAGAAUGAAAAAGUCUCUUCAACUCAACCUGUAGCUGUUGAAGUAGCAAAACCAGUAGAUUUUCCUAAUCCAAAACCUAUUCCAGAAGAAAUGCAGUUUGGUUGGUGGAGAAUUAUUGACCCAGAGGACCUAAAAGCUUUGCUCAAAGUGCUCCAUCUCAGAGGAAUAAGAGAAAAGGCAUUACAAAAACAAAUUCAGAAACACUUGGAUUAUAUUACUCAAGCUUGCAUCAAGAAUAAGGAUGUUGCUAUUAUUGAAUUAAAUGAACAUGAAGAAAACCAGGUAACUCGAGAUAUUGUGGAGAACUGGUCAGUAGAAGAACAAGCAAUGGAAAUGGAUUUGAGUAUUCUUCAACAGGUAGAAGAUCUAGAAAGGAGAGUUGCAUCAGCAAGUUUGCAAGUGAAGGGUUGGAUGUGUCCAGAGCCUGCAUCAGAAAGGGAGGACUUGGUAUAUUUUGAACAUAAGUCAUUUUCUAAAUUGUGCAAGGAGCAUGAUGGAGAAUUUACUGGCGAAGAAGAAAGCAGUGCACAUGCACUGGAACGGAAGAGUGACAACCCCCUAGAUAUAGCUGUAACCAGGCUGGCUGAUUUGGAGCGGAACAUUGAAAGAAGGUAUCUGAAGAGCCCCUUAAGUACCACCAUUCAGAUCAAACUGGAUAAUGUGGGCACAGUUACUGUCCCUGCUCCUGCACCAUCCAUUAGUGGUGAUGGUGACGGAAUUGAAGAGGAUAUUGCUCCAGGGCUCAGGGUAUGGAGAAGGGCAUUAUCAGAAGCUCGCAGUGCUGCACAGGUAGCUCUGUGCAUUCAGCAGUUACAGAAAUCAAUAGCAUGGGAAAAAUCAAUUAUGAAAGUUUACUGCCAGAUCUGUCGAAAGGGAGAUAAUGAAGAACUGCUCCUCCUUUGCGAUGGCUGUGACAAAGGCUGUCAUACAUACUGCCAUAGACCCAAGAUUACAACUAUACCAGAUGGGGACUGGUUUUGUCCAGCUUGCAUUGCUAAGGCAAGUGGUCAAACUCUAAAAAUCAAAAAACUUCAUGUCAAAGGAAAAAAGACUGAGUCAAAAAAAGGCAAGAAAGUAACUUUAACAGGGGAUACUGAAGAUGAAGAUUCUGCAUCUACAAGUAGUUCAUUAAAAAGAGGAAUCAAAGACCUGAAAAAAAGAAAAAUGGAGGAAAACACUUCUAUUAAUUUGUCAAAACAAGAAAGUUUUACUUCUGUUAAGAAACCUAAAAGAGAUGACUCCAAGGACCUAGCUCUUUGCAGUAUGAUCCUUACUGAAAUGGAAACUCAUGAGGAUGCAUGGCCUUUUCUACUUCCUGUAAACUUGAAACUUGUUCCUGGUUAUAAGAAAGUUAUUAAGAAGCCUAUGGAUUUUUCCACAAUUAGAGAGAAAUUAAGUAGUGGACAGUAUCCAAACCUUGAAACUUUUGCUCUAGAUGUCAGGCUUGUUUUUGACAACUGUGAAACAUUUAAUGAAGAUGAUUCUGAUAUAGGCAGAGCUGGCCACAGUAUGAGGAAGUAUUUUGAAAAAAAGUGGACAGAUACUUUCAAAGUGAGCUGAAGUUAUAAUAAUCUCCCUUGUUUUUUUCUUUUUAAACAAGGACAAACGAACCAGCAAUGUGAACUGUAUUUACAUACAUGUGCAAGGCACAUACAUAAUGACUUUUUUUUCCUUAAAAUAAGUAUCACACAAAAAAAAAGUAUCAGAAGAAUGAUACCGUUUUUAAAGGCUUCACUCCUACAACAACCAAGGCCCUUGGUUAUUGGUUUGUGUGAUUUAUCAGCUAAUUUAGGUAGAACAGGGAAGCACACCCAAAGAAUUUUCAAAGGAAAGGGUGUUAUAGUGCAAUAGCAAUUAAAAUAUAUCAAAUCGCACUGAAUAUUCAACACCAGAGCUCUAACGUGGGAAAUGGUUCUCCUUUCCCUCUCAAUAAAUAUCUAUUUUUCAUUUUUUUACUUUGUAGUUUAUUUUUUAGUGAAUGUAUUUAAUUUUAUGAAUUAUUUAUGAUUAAACCACAUCCAGAAUCUUCGUUU